AUUGUAUAUAUAUUUAUUGUGUAUAUAUAUACUAUAAACGAUAGAAAUUUAGGUUAUGUUAUCAAACAUGACUGAAAAGCAAAAGGUAUUAAUUUGUGGAGAUGUGGAAGGACAUUUUAAAUUUUUAUUCAACAAGAUUGAUGCUAUCAAUAAGAAAAGCGGACCUUUCGACUUUUUGUUGUGUGUGGGAAAUUUUUUUGGCGAAGACAACACGGAACUUGAAGACUAUAAAAGUGGUAUGAAAAGCAUACCAGUUCCAACUUAUAUUAUUGGCGCUAACGAGGGAGUUGAUUUAAAUAAUUAUCCAGAUGUUAAUGGUUGUGAAAUUUGUCACAAUCUUACUUAUCUUGGAAGACGUGGAUUAUAUACCGCUAGUUCUGGACUUAAAAUAGCUUAUAUCAGCGGUACAGAAAAUAACUCGUUGGGAAUAAAACCUACUUGCUUCAAUGAAAAUGAUGUAAUGUCAAUUAAGCAAGCUUGUUUAAAAGGUCAACCUAGUUUUCGUGGAAUUGAUAUAUUAAUGACUUCACCCUGGCCUGCUUAUAUCACAAAUUUAGAUCCUAAUAAACCAGACUUGAAAUAUCAGGGUUCAAAAUUAAUUGCAUGGUUGACUGCCCAAGUAAAACCAAGAUACCAUGUAUCGGCAUUAGAGGGCAUAUAUUAUGAAAGACCUCCAUAUAGGAAUCAAAGUCUGGAAGAAGGAAAUACUGAAAUUGCAACAAGAUUUAUAGCACUUGCUCCUGUAGCAAACAGUCAGAAAAAGAAAUGGUUAUAUGCAUUGAAUCUGACUCCUGUUGACCGGACGCGUUUAUCCGAGUUAAUUAUGAAAACUACAGAUGAAACAGAUAUUCCAUAUCCCAAAUCAAUGCUAUUAAGUGGACCAUCUCUACAAAAAUCAGAACAACCAAAGCGUACACAAUAUUUUUAUGAUAUGGAAUCUCAAGAUUCAAUCUCAAGAACUACUAAAAGAUCUGGAUCUUAUGGAGGUUCUAAUAAAAGAUUAAAACGAGAAUUUGAUCAAACAAAGUGCUGGUUUUGCUUAUCCAGUCCUGAAGUUUCAAAGCAUUUAGUAAUAUCAGUUGGGAUAGAGGUAUAUGUUGCACUUGCUAGAGGUGGAUUGGUUGAUAAUCAUUUCUUAAUUCUACCAAUAACACAUCAUCAAAGCCUUUCUAUUCUACCAAAAGAAGUAAAAGAUGAAAUUGAACGAUAUAAAGACGCUAUAACCAAUUAUUAUGCCACUAUGGACAAAGUACCUGUAUUCUUUGAACGUAAUUUCAAAACAUCUCAUUGCCAAUUACAAGUUGUACCUGUUCAUAAAAAUCAAGUAGAAGCUUUGAAAGAAGCGUUUGAGGAAAUGGCACGAUGUAAUAAUUUUAAAAUAGCAAAAUUACCUCCACACACCGAUCUACAGCAAAUUGCACAACCAGGUGUUCUAUAUUUUUAUGCAGAGUUGCCAGAUGGACAAAAAUUAUAUCAUAGGAUAAAGAAAGACUUCCCACUCCAGUUUGGUAGGGAGGUAUUAGCUUCGGACAGAAUAUUAGAUCUUGAUGAUCGAGUUGAUUGGAAAGAUUGUCAAUUGAGUCAAGAGGAAGAAAUUGAGUUAGCAAACCGAAUUAGAAGAGAUUUUCAACCAUUUGAUUUGGAUAUUUAAAGAUGUACAAAAGUUCAAGAUAUUAAUACUUUAAUUAAUAGAUAUAUAUAUAUAUAUUUAUAUAUACAUACUAAAUAUAUAUAUAUAUAUAUAUAUGUACAUAUAUAUGUAUAUCAUGGUUUCUGAAAAAUAUAUAGAGAUAUUAAUUGAUAGAUUGUCAAUUGAGUCAAGAGGAAGAAAUUGAGUUAGCAAACCGAAUUAGAAGAGAUUUUCAACCAUUUGAUUUGGAUAUUUAAAGAUGUACAAAAGUUCAAGAUAUUAAUACUUUAAUUAAUAGAUAUAUAUAU